AUGCGAAAGCACGCAUCUGGAUCUUCCCUUCCCUCUCCGGCAUCUUCGUCGGCUUCCUCGUUUUCUUCUUCCUUCUCUUCGUCUUCUGCCUCCCCUGCUUCUUCGGCUCCUCCAUUUCCUUCUUCUCCUCGCCUUGCGGACGCGAAGGAUCCUCAACACACGCGACGCGUCGCUCUGCGUCAGGCAGCAGCCGCAGACUGUGGCGAGCAUUCUGCGCGCAUGCAACCAGAGAGGAGAAGCCGAAGCGGCAGGAAAGAGAGACGCCGAGGCCGAAAAGGAGAGCGCGAGAAAGCGAAAAGGCAAGUCGAGCGCCAGGCGAUUCUGCGGCUGCUUCCGCGAGUCGGAGGACAUGCACAGAGCCGCGGAAAGAAGAAAGGCCUCGCGCUCCACCGGCAUCUUCUGAGACAGCGCCAUGCAGAGAAAGAGGCCGCAAAAAGACCCAAGCGACGCCUAGCUGUCUGGCGCUCGCGCCCAGCCAGCUGGCUGUUGUCUGCGGCCAGCCAGGAAGUCGCGUCCGACACACGGGAGCUGGUCUACGUUUCCAUCAGUGGAGAAAUCAUCCCCAAACCUCGUUGCUUUCAAAUCGCUAGAGAGGAGACGCGUUUCCUCAAGGCGCAGGGCAUCACCGAUCGUCCAGACUGCUCCAGCGCCAUCUGGCACCCCGAGCGCCUUCCCGUGUACAGACACCUCCGCGAGACCGCGUUCGGUCCAGCAGCGGAAGCUCGCCGUUCGCCUUCUUUACCAGAAACGCGACAGUCUUCUCGCGUUUCGACGUUCGCCGCCGAUGCGCCUGUGUCGUCCUCGGAUUCGCCCUGCAGCGCCGCCACAUGCAGCUUCGCUUACUGGUGUUUGCCUCCCUCUCUGAUAAAGGCACUCGCGAAUCGCGGCAUCCAUUCUCUCUAUCCUUGGCAGGCGGAGUGUCUGUCGCUGGCCCUACCGUGCUUCGCGCGACCAGACGCUCGUUCUUCCAACGCGUCUUCUCCAUCACUUCCUUUCCCUGCGUCGUCCUCCUCUUCUCCGUCUGCUUCGGGCUCUGCUGCCGCUGCUUCUCCUUCGCCUGCUUCGGCGUUUCCUGGGUCAUCCUCUUCGCCGUCUUCUGUGGCUUCGUCAGUGGAGUUGUUGAUCGACCCUGGCGAUAAGAAACGCGGAAGGGACGCAGGAGAGGAGACUGGGGGAGGCGCCCAUGAGGCACAGCCAGGUCCGGACGAAGCGGGGAAGCGACGCAGACGAGAAAGUUGCCAAAACGAAGAGGAGAGAGGCGGCAGCCAGGCAAGCAGACUCGCAGGAAGAGGGGUUGACGAAGAUGAAGGCGGCGACGAGAAUGCCUCCUGCCCUUCGUCGCCGUCCACUGCGGAGACGAUUGUCGCAGACGACGAGGAGCGAGAGUCCGCAGAUGGAGAACUCGCAGCGGAAGGCGACUCAAAGGGGAAGUGCUCAAACGAAGAAGCGCGAGACCGCGAGGAAGGCGAAAAACACGCAGCCAAAGAUGGAGGUGACGAAGAAGACGAAGACGAAAACGACGAAGACGACGAAAACGACGAAGAUGGAGAUGACGAAGACGAAGACGACGAAGAUGGAGAUGACGGAGAUGGAGAUGACGCAGAAGACAGAGACAGAAAGUUCAACUUUUUGAAGAGACGAAAGGCGACUCCGACAGAGGGCAGUCUAACCGGGCGAUCGCUGGUGUACUGCGCUCCGACUUCUGGCGGGAAGUCUCUAGUUGCAGAUUUGAUUAUGGUUCUCCGGUGUCUCUUUGCUGGGAAGCGGUGUAUGUACAUCGUGCCGCAUGUUUCGCUGUGCCGAGAGAAGUCCGAGUUCCUUCACAACAUUCUCUUCCCCACGCUCUGUCUCCGCGUGCAGGCCUUCAACGCCUCUGCCGCCUCUGCGUCUCGAUGGUUCGCUGGCAUCGACAUCGCCGUCUGCACUCUCGAGCAAGCGAAUAACAUCCUCAACCGCCUCCUGCAGGAUGCAGCGCUGAUCGCUCGAGCUGAGGGCGGUCUCUCAGACCUGGAGGAGAAAGGAAGCGACGUUCGAUGUCCGCUUCCUCAUUCGCAGGCCCGCACAAAAGAAAACGCAGGAAAGACAGAAAGGGAUGCACGCAGAAGCCGGCGCCUCGCGUCUCUCCCGGGUCUGCUUGUUCAGGAUAUUGGCGUCGUUGUCGUGGACGAAUUUCAUACGCUCGGCGAGAAGGCGCGAGGAUUCCUCGUCGAACUCCUGUUGAUGAAAAUCCGGUUCCUCAACCGCUUUCUCUAUCAAGAAAUACAAGUCGUUGCCAUGUCUGCCACUCUCCCCAAUGCUCACGAGCUGGCGGAGUGGCUGAACGCGGAGCUUUUCACGACGGCUCUCCGCCCCCUGGCGCUGGAUUACUUUCUGAAGUGCGAAGGCGCGGUUUACCGCUCGACUGCGGCCUACCUCCCUUUGCCUUCUUCUGGCAUCCCCUCGUCGACACCUUGUUCCCCUCAUCUCUCCUCUCCCUCGUCUAUCUCUUCUUCUUCGUCUUCUUCUUGUUCUUCUUCUUUCUCAGCGUCUUCGUCCUCUUCGUCUUCUUCAGUGUCGCUUUCCCCUGAUUCGUUUUCUUCUUCUCCUGUAGCGCUCUCUGUGCGGCCGCAGUUGGUGCGGCGUUUGCCGGAGACGAGGCGGAGGCUGUCGACGGUGCUCCUGACUGCGGCCGGUGCCGCGGCCGCUGCGCUCUCGCUCGCGAUUUCUUCGCUGUCGGCUGACGGGAUGAGCCUGCAUCUGCAAACGCACGACGUGGUGGCGAACCGCGCGCUCGGGAUUUUACGGAAAUCUCGAGAAACAGAGAGAAAGCGAGCGGGCGAUGACGCGGGGCAGUCGAAGGACCCUCAGACGCCAGUCGGUUUUCCAGGCCAGCAGCGACUCCUGAUCGACGAGGAUCACUUGGGGUACCUCGUCUGGGAGACGACGAGCGAGGCGAAGUCGGUGAUUGUUUUUUGCGCAACGAAGGCGUGGUGCGCUCGAUCUGCAGGUUUCCUCGCGAGUCGUCUUCCAUUGUAUCGUCUCCUUGCGGCAGCUGCUUGGCUUGCUUCCCCCGCUGCGGUUUCGAGAUUGAGGCACAUGUCUUCUUCUUCUCCGCCUGCGUCUCUUUCUGAAGUUCUUUCCUUUCCCGAGGAAGCGGCAGGCGAGAAGGAAAUCGACGCCCAAUCGCAGGCCUCCUCGCCGCUUCGAACGGCAUCUCUGAGAGGCCCACCACCCUCCGGAGACUCCGCUGCGUCUGCAGGUCCUUCUUGGCUCCAGGCUGUCCCUCAGCCUCUCCUGGAAGAGCUUCUCCUCUUUGCUCCUUCGCUCUUUGUCUCGCCGCCACUGCAACAAGGAAGGGAGGAUUUACUGAAUCUCCUGCGGCACGCAGCAGGCCCAGAAAGCGGCCUCUGUCCAGUUCAAGAGCGAGCCAUCAGAGCAGGCGUUGCGUACCACCACGCAGGCUUAGAAGGAACAGCGCGAACAGCAAUCGAAAUCGCUUUCCAGCAAGGUGUUCUCUCAGUGCUCUGCGCCACCUCGACUCUCGCUCUCGGCGUCAACCUGCCUGCCUCGCGCGUCAUCCUCAGGUCCCCAGAGAUCGGAAACGAGACUCUCGACGUCGCGCGAUUCAGGCAAAUGGCUGGACGCGCUGGCCGCACGGGCUACACCGAACGCGGAGAGGCCUUUCUCUUUUGCUCUUCAAAGCAACUGCCUGCGUGUCUCGCCCUCAUCUCCGGUUCUCCAAUGUCUCGUGUGUCUCUCUCCCCGCCCCAUGGGCUCUCCUGUCCUUCGCCUAAUCAAGAAGCUCUGGACGCCGUUUCUUGCCGGCAACACUCUUUCGCUUCCAAUCUGCAUGCGGAGACAGAACGCGCCUUGAAAGCCGUCCCCGAGAGGUCCCUCACAGCACUCGCUCCCGCUGUCUCUCCAGCUGUACGUACAGCUCAGGAUUGGCUUGCUCAGGACGGAGGAGAGACGUUUUCCAGCUCUGUCCGUUCUCAGCUCCAGGGCCUCCACCUGUGUCGGGCCUUACUGGAGAGCUGCGAGACGCUUCUACCGCUCUCUCUGCUUUUUCCUUCAAAGUGCUUUUUGAGAGGAAGGAAGAUCUCGGGAGAACGAGGAAGAGGGCUGGGAGCUCUCCGAGCCGGGCGCGGCGGCGCGCGUCUGGGAGAUAGAGAAGAAGGAGGCGCUUUCGACUUGCCCUCGCAGCGCCCCGAAAGGUCGAAACGGAAAAGCGAACUCGCAUUCGCCUUCUCCUCUCUCCCUUCUGACUCAGGAAACGAGCAGACGCGCACCCGCCUGUUCUCUCCGAGAGAGAACGCAGAGGAAGAACAAGAGCGAGAAGACGGAGAAGAAGAAAAAGAAGAGUCAAGAACAGAGAGGGAAGAGGAAGGACAUUUACCAGUGAUUUCUCGACUUUUCAGCCUCGUCCGCCUUUGCACGCUGCGCGGCAAACAGACUCCGCGGAAGCAGAUGGAAAGCGAACUGCAUGCAUGUGUGGCGUAUCUCCACGAGAACUACUUGCUCGAGACUCGGGGCAGCGCCGCUGUCAGCUCUCCCGCGAGAGUCGCUGAUGGAGCCGAUGGGGGGACUUUCGUUCCAUCCGAGAGCGAAGAAGCUGCCACUCACAAGGCCGGGGAGCACGAGCGUGAGCGGUGUACAGAUGCUCCGGCGGCUGUCUCGCGGGCAUGGGAAGGGGGACUAGAAGGCGCCAUCUGCAUGCGAAGAUUCACUGCUUUCCUGCGGCGAGACCUGGAGGAAAAACGCAAUCUUUACAUAGCAGCCGCGGAAGAGGCCCGACGCGCCCAGCAGACUCUACAGACGUUGCCUGAAGCCUCAAGUGAGGUGUACAUACACCCGGAAUCCGCUCGGAGAGAACAGGUAGUCGUCCGGGCGGACGCGACGGGACCUGGCGCCGCGGUUCCCUCUCCGUUGAGAAGGACGUCCUCUUUGUCGCCUGAGUCGUACCUCCACAACUACGGAGCCAACUUCCAUCCUUCGUCCUUCUCUCCUUCGUCUGACCCCUUGCCUCUGUCGCCUGCUUCGUCUUCACCUUCGCAUCGCGCGUCCGGAUCCCAGUCUUCGCCUUCUUCGUGUGCAGGAUCUCUUCCUGUCUCUGCUGCCUCUCAGCUGCCCGGUGGAGACCCGCGCAUGCAGAGGAGACGCAGUCUCGAACAGGCGAGCGCGAAGGCGGCUCAGGACGCCACCUUGCUGAAGAGGCAGUUUGUGCUGUCUUGUCGAGAGCACCGCGGCCUUGCAUGCACGCUUCGGCGAAUGCCGCAUCUACGAUCCCCUCCUCUGCUCGUCUGUUUCUUUCUCCACGAGCUCUCCGAGUUCUCGUCGUCUUCCUGCGCCUCGCCGUCUUUGUACUGCAACGCUGUUUGUUCUCAACGAGUUCUGCCUCGCUGCAUGCAUUCCGGCGACGCGGCUGUCUCUGCAGUCUCCGUGGGCGCGUCCCGGCCUGGGGACGAGGCGGCGCAGGGCCGAAAGGCCGCGGAGAGAGAAGAGACUCUGGCAGAGACAGUUUACGCAUGCAAGUCGCCCUCUGUGCCCUGUGUUCGGCCGAGCGCUCUUCGCUCUAUUUCUCCAAACGCCCACAGAGCGCCGCGGGAGAUGGGAGAGACACCACGAGAUAAAAAACAGACAGAAGACGGGGAAAAGGCCCUGAAGCCGGCAGACGACAACGCGAUGACUGUGACAAAGACCGAGGCCACAGAGGCGCGUUCGUCCAUGCCGGCAGCGAGUCGGAGCCUCGCUGUACAGACACCGCAGCGCAUGCAUGCACAGAAGGACGCGCUGCAAGGGGCUGACAUUCUUUCACCUGGUCUGAGCGGCAGCGGAGGCGGGAGGCGGGAUGCCGACACAAACACUGAAGAGGCUGGACCUGUGUCAGGUUCGAGGACAGGCGACAAGACACAAAAACAAACGGAGACAGGGCAGAAGAGCAGCGAGCAGCGUCUCCAAGUUACGCAGAUGCGCCGAGGAAGCAGCGCGAUGUUGGGGGCACUUGCCCAGCAUGCGAAGGACGAGUUCUCGCGAGCUGUCUCUCAAUCCUUUCGUCUCCCUCGCCUUCUUCUUCUAAAACUCCAACUUGCUUUUUCUCGGCCCACUUCAGUCGCUUCGUGGAAUCCGCGAUCCUCUUCUCCCUCAUCGUUCCGCCGUAGCUACGGUCAGGGCGCGCGCGACCGCCAAGCCGGGAUCGACGAGAGCGACGCAACGCUCGCUUCUCUCUCCUCCAGGACGUCGGCGGGAGAAGAACAGAAGGACGGCGAGAAGAAUCGAAGGUCUCUCGCCGCGAGAAAAGAGAAGAAAUCAGAGAGAGACCGCGCGCGAACAUACGAAAGAUGGAGUCAAACCACCUUCGUCUCCUGCACGUACUUGGGAUCUGCAGCUGUCGAGACAGGCCUCAAUCCCUGGGAAGCCCUCGAGGCCUUCGCAGACCUCUAUAAGGCAGUUCACCAAGGACUCUGCCUGCGAAGCGAUCUGCAUCUUCUCUACCUGGGAGCAGCGCCGAUUGUUUCUCCGACAAACCUCUCUUGGGUCGCCUGUCUCCGUGUUUACGACAAUCUCGAUCUCCUCUCCAGGAAGUUCGCGGACUCUCUCGGAAUUUCCCGCGCCUUUCUGCUGCGCGCCUCUCGCACAGCGCCGAGAAAAGGAGACUGCCUCAGCGAGGCUUUGGCGACUGGCGGGGCGACGGCUGCGGCGCAUGCAGUCCACCGAAGUCACCAGCUUCUCCUCGAAGAUCGGAUUACCUUUCAGUGCAUGCAGAAUGCGCGGCUUCUUCUGUGCCACCGCCGUUUCUUCGUCGCCCUGCAGCUGUUCGAGGUUCUCUCCCGCGAUGCGCCACUCUGCCGUGUUGCUGAAAAGUUCGCCUCCUCGCCGAGUGCCGUCCAGAAGACGCUCGCGCAGGCUGCUCUCUUUGCGUCGACAAUGUCAAAGUUCGUAAUGGGCAUGCCGUCGCAGAUCGCAGCUUUGAGCGAGGUUUUUCUGCAGUUGUCAGAGAAACUGCAUCUCGUGUCUUUCUCCCCAUGGUCCCAGUCUCCCCUGUCUCCUUCCCCUCCCUCGACUUCUUCUUUCUCUACUCUCUGUUCAGCCUCUUCCGUGAAUUCUGUUUUCGUCCACCACGCUGACUCCGUCGUCGGCUUCGAAGGAGCGCGGCGCCAUUCUUCUCCAUCUGCUUCUUCCUCUUGUUCUCUCUCGUCUUCUCUCGCUUCGUCUUCGCCGUCUCGGCCGUCUUCUGGACUUCUUUCAGGUGUAUCGAGUGCAUUUGCUUCUUUCGGCAGAAAGCCUCUUUCUCUCCCGACAGAAGUCCUCGAACUCCGUUCACGAUUCGCUGCGGCGUUGUCCGUGCGUCAAGCUGCUGCGCUUGUCGGAGCCGGAUUGCGAAGCCCAGAGGCAAUCGCGAAGGCGCCCUUGGCACAGCUGCUCAGGGCCCUGGAGGCGACGGAUGCAGCAGAUAUUUCCCUUGCAGUCAGCAGUGGCGGCCUCGAGGGUCAGCGCGAGAACUUCUGGCGCCUGCAGCGAAUGCGGAGUGAGACCAGUCGCGUAGCGGCAGCCGGUAAAAUCAAAAUGCAUGCGCGGCAAGUCCUCAGGGAAGAAUUGCAGCGACGCGAAGACGAAGCAGAUCAACAACAGUUUCUGGCCGUUCCGCACGGGCGUCCUUCGAGCCACCAGACUUCUUCUCCGCGCCUCUCUUCCGCUUCGUCUUCUUCUUCCUCUUCUCUUCCUCGCGGCUCGUCUUAUCCGUCGUCCGCGCUCCCAGCUGCUCCGUCUGCGGUAGCUGCAGGUCACAGGCUCGCCGCACGCGUUCGGUUGGGCGCCGAGGCGGCAGCGGUGCGAAGAGGAGAAGCAGCAAUCGGUUGGGAAGGUCGCGCAGGCCGCGCGAGCGAAAGCGAGGCUCGUGUACAGACGAUUGCGUCUCGCCAGCAAGCGGAGAAGGAAGCGAGAGCGAGAGACGAACGGCUUCUGUCAAACAGUCGGAGCAAGGAGAACGCCUUUUCGGGGAGACGGAAGCAGAGGCUUCUUUCGCCUCGCCGACUCGCUUGUCCUCCCUUUCUUCAGCGAGGGGCAAGCGCUUCAAACUCCAGGCGAAGAGAGCGCUGCGGUGACCCCCCAGAGACAGAGCGACUCUCAAGUGUCCUGACAGCCGGGGGAGCAGACCUUGGCCUCGCGGGACUCAACCGCGGGCAGCGAAGGGAGGACGAAAUCGAGGAAGGAGACGAAGAUGACGACAGCGGUGAACAUAGCGAUCGUGACCACGAUAGCCAUAGUGAUGAGGAUAUUUGCGAUAGUGAUGAGGACAGCGAUAGUGAUGAGGAUAGCGAUAGUGAAGAGGACAGCGAUAGUGAAGAGGAUAGCGAUAGUGAAGAGGACAGCGAUAGUGAAGAGGAUAGCCACAGUGACAAAGACAGGGAGAGUGAUGGAAGCCGUGAAGAAGAAGGAAGUGGUGACGCGAGUCACAUGCUUUUGACCGAUUCAUCGCUCGAGAAUUUCUGA